GAAACAGAAGGGAAGGCAGAGGAGGAGAGAGGGCAAGAAAAGAAGCAAAAGGAAAAAAGGAGAUCCAUAAAAAGAAGUCAAAUUUGGUUGACACCUCAAGGGCUCUUCGUGUCAGAUCCCUGUCUGAUGGCUUUUAUGAAAAAACUCCUACCCAUUCUGGGGGUCUUCUUGGCCUACUACUACUAUUCAGCAAAUGAGGAAUUCAAACCAGAGAUGCUCCAAGGAAAGAAAGUGAUUGUCACAGGGGCCAGCAAGGGGAUUGGAAAGGAGAUGGCCUAUCAUCUGGCGAAGAUGGGAGCCCAUGUGAUGGUGACAGCGAGGUCAGAAGAAGCUCUAAAGAAGAUAGUAGCCGAGUGCUUGGAGUAUGGAGCAGCUUCGGCACACUACAUUGCUGGCACCAUGGAGGACAUGACCUUCGCAGAGCGCUUUGUUGCCAGAGCUGGAAAGAUCUUGGGAGGACUAGACAUGCUCAUUCUCAAUCACAUCACCAGCGCUACUAUGGAACCAUUUGUUGGUGAUAUCCCCUUAGUGCGCAAAAGUAUGGAGGUCAACUACAUCAGUUAUGUGGUCCUGAGUAUGGCUGCCCUUCCCAUGCUGAAGCAGAGCAACGGAAGCAUUGUCGUUGUCUCCUCCAUGGCUGGGAAAAUGGCUAGUCCACUGGUUGCUCCCUAUUCUGCAAGCAAGUUUGCUCUCGAUGGGUUUUUCUCCUCCAUCAGGCAGGAAUAUUCAGUGACCAAGGUCAAUGUGUCAAUCACUCUCUGUAUCCUCGGCCUCAUAAACACAGACUCAGCUAUGAAGGCAGUGGAUGGGAUACUCAGCACAGAGGCAUCUCCAAAGGAAGACUGUGCCCUGGAGAUCAUCAAAGGGGGAGCUCUGCGCCAAGAGGAAGUGUAUUAUGGCAAAUUAGGAUGGAGCAACCUCCUGCUGAGAAAUCCAGGGAGGAUCCUCCUGGAAUUUUUCAGCCUAAGAAGUUAUAACAUGGAAAGAUUUAUAAACAACUAGAAACGUCCUUAGGGCUGGGCAGGAUAAGGAAGCUUUGGGACUGUUCAGCCAGAUGUUUAUCUAAGCUCCAUCCAUGAAGGCAUCUACUCAGAGAGGUGAAUGAGUCAGUCUCCCCAGAGAGUCACAAGUCAGGCCUCAUGUCUCCCAAUUUGAAGGAGUUCCUCUAACACUUGCACGGUGCACAUGUGAUUACACUAAAUGUCAUGAAGCUGCAGUAUCUAUGAGCUUUUUGUUGUUUG